GACUUUGAAGAAACCGUUUCCAAUGUCUGGUGUCCGGGGUCGCGGUACCGUCCCGAGCCGCCCGAGGCCCUCGCCAGGGCGUCUCACUUCACACAGCACGAGAUUAAAUUGAUGUAUCGAGGAUUUAAACAGGAGUGUCCGACGGGCGUGGUGGAUGAAGAAGCCUUCAAGAACAUCUUCUCCCAGUUCUUUCCUCUGGGAGACGCCACACAAUACGCCCACUUCGUGUUCAACACGGUCAAACACAAGCAGACAGGGAAACUAAACUUCGAGGAGUUCCUCGACACUCUCUCCCGUGUCGCACGCGGUUCUCGUCAGGAGAAGCUCUCGUGGGUUUUCGCUUUAUACGACGUGGAUGGGGAUGGCCGUAUCUCCCGCAGUGAGAUGCUGGCUGUCGUGCGAGCGGUCUAUGAGCUGCUGGGUCGGGCUGCGGCUCCUCCCAUCCACAAGGCGGCUGCUGAAGAUCAUGUGGAUAGGAUCUUUCAUCUGAUGGACACAAACGCGGAUGGCGUGGUGACGCCGGAUGAGCUGGCGCGGUGGAUGACUCGCGACCCCGCGCUGCUGCGCUCGCUGGACACGCUGGACACCGUCUUGUGAUCGCGGGAGGAGCGCGACGUGUGCGAGUCGGGCGCCCGCCGCGCUCUCG